UGGCUCUAUCACUACCACAUAUUUCACUAAACAAACAUCACGAUGGGUGUGCAAAAGAAGACUCGCAAGUUUGCGCAGAUGAAGCGCACCAUCAAAGCCCGCGAUGAGCGCCUGAAACCCGAUAACAAGAAGCAGGAGAAGCCCAAGGAGAACGAGUUGACCCGUCACAUCCCCGUCGCGCCCUCGAACAUGUUCUUCGCCGCCAACACUGCUCUCGGCCCUCCCUACCACGUUCUCGUCGAUACCAACUUCGUCUCGCACGCCAUCCGGGCGAAGCAAGAUCUCCUUACCUCUAUGAUGGAUCUGUUAUAUGCGAAAUGUAUCCCGACAUUUUCGGAUUGCACGAUUGCCGAAUUGGAGAAACUGGGGGAGAAGUACCGGCUGGCGCUCCGGACCGCCAAAGAUCCCAGAUGGGCUAGGGUGAAGUGCUCCCACAAGGGCACGUAUGCAGAUGACUGUAUCGUGGAUCGGGUGUCGAAACAUCGCAUUUACAUCGUGGCGACCAACGAUAAGGAUCUGUGUCGUCGUUUGCGCAAGAUUCCGGGUGUGCCGAUCAUGAAGGUCGCAAGAGGGAAGUUCACGAUCGAGAAGCUGCCCGACUCUUUGGACUAAAUGCGCCUACCCAUUCUGAAAGGGUCCGGAUUGGACGACAGAUGUUAUUUCUUCUUGAUACCACUUCAUCGCACGAUACUGCACGACUACACGACUCGAGUACGGAUCUUCACACCGUGCCCAGGGCACUUCCUCGUCUAACGAGAUGGCACCUUGUCUGGCAGACCAGGUUGGCCACCACUCGACUCCAUGCAUGAAUUCAGUCUGCAGGAUACGACGAGACACGCCAUACGAAGCUUGCGAGUCACGUCACACAAUCAUAACGAUACCCGGGGGAUGAUAUUUUGUGGGGCAUGCAUGGUAGAUAAUUGAGGGUGGCUUGAUAGCCUUGUCAAACCAGAACCUAAAUAGAAGAUCAGAGCACAAUGAAGCUUCGACGC